UAAUUAUUACAUUUUUUUAAAAAAAUUAAAUCUUCUAAAUGUGGUGUGCACACUGGCAACCCAUGUCUCUUCAGAUCCGAAGACCAUGCAGCGGCACAGCCCCCUUCAUACAGCACCAUCUUGGUGGAACCAAAAGGCUUCCUUCGGAGUCCACUGUCUUCGGUGCUCUCUCUGGUCGUGGUCGGCCUUGGCUGUCGCGAGGGCAAGCAGAGGGAACCAGCCCACUUGGCCAGCCGGGCGCUGUGGGUGGUCGGAGGCACCGGCUGUGGGCGGGACCCCCGGAGCAGCGCGCCUCGGGGCUGCGGCGACCCGACCACGGGUCCAGUUGUCCCCUCCGCCCGCGCCCACCCCCGCCCGCACCAAGGAGCCCCGGAAGCGGCGGGAUUUCCUGUGCCCGCCCCGCGCUGGCCGCCGUCGCCUGUCUCUGGCUGUGCGGGCCGUGGGCUCGGCGGCGCCAGGCGGGAGGCAGCACCAAGGGCCCGAGCCGGGGUCACGGUCUGUGCUUGCUGCAGAAAUGCUUUCUGAACAGCCUGCAGCCCUGGGAGCAGGAUGGGAGUCGACAAAUGUACAUCUGGAUGGAGCAGAGCCCCAGCUGGAGAGAGGAAACCAGGAAGAGGGCCCGUGGAGAACAGCAGCAGGGGCACUGGAGCACCUUCACUGUGACCUUGAAGAGGAGCCACUGUCCCUUCAGGAGAAGUCUCAGUCUGCUCCCUGUGCUCCAGCAGUUCCCCAGGAGGGCAACACUGCAGACUGGGAAAUGGCAGCCGCACUUCUUGCAGCUGGAUCCCAGGGACUGGUAACCAUCAAGGAUGUGUCAUUGUGCUUCUCCCAGGAGGAGUGGCGGAGCCUGGAUCCCUCGCAGACUGACUUUUAUGGAGAAUAUGUCAUGCAGGAAAACUGUGGGAUUGUCGUCUCUCUGAGGUUUCCGAUUCCCAAACUGGACAUGCUUUCUCAGCCAGACGGAGGAGGAGAGCAGUGGGUACCUGACCCCCAGGACUUAGAAGGGAGAGAUAUCCUGAAGGUCACAUAUACAGGAGAUGGGAGCGAGCAUGAAGGUGACACUCCUGAAAUAGAGCCGGAAACUCCCAGGGUGUUAUCCAGUGUAUCUGAAGAUACUGUUCCCUGGAAUCCAGGGCAGGCUCAGAGCUGGGAGUCCAUGCCUAGGGGCCCCAGAGACAUGCUCCUAAGCCCACCCUUUCUUCAGAAAGACAGCUUCUCAAGCCUUCUGGGUAGUGCUGAGAUGGACUCUCUCUUAAAGCCCCAUACGUGCCCUCAGUGUGGGAAACGGUUUGUGUGGGGCUCCCAUCUCGCCAGGCAUCAGCAAACACACACUGGGGAGAGGCCCUACAGCUGCCUCAAGUGUGAGAAAAGCUUCGGGAGAAGGCAUCACCUGAUUAGGCACCAGAAAACCCAUCUACGUGACAAGCCAAGCAGGUGUUCUGAGUGUGGCAAGAAUUUUCGAUGCAACUCCCAUCUGGCCAGCCACCAGAGAGUCCACGCGGAGGGCAAGUCCUACAAGGGCCAAGAGAUCGGGGAGAGUCCCGGGAAUGGGAAACAGCAGCUUGCCCCACCGGUGCCAAAGUGCCAUGUGUGCACUGAAUGCGGGAAGAGCUUUGGCCGAAGGCACCACCUCGUGAGACACUGGCUGACCCAUACUGGGGAGAAGCCCUUCCAUUGCCCUCGCUGUGAGAAGAGCUUUGGCCGCAAGCACCACCUGGACAGACACCUGCUGACCCACCAGGGACAGAGUCCUGGGAGCAGCUGGGACAGAGGGACAUCUGCCUUUUGAAAUUCGUCUCUUCUGUAGCUAUGGUCAAACCUCUCAGCCGGUUCUAUCAGCAGCCACUGCCAGAGAUGCCCCUCUCCUGGACCCUGAUGGCCAGAGCAUUUCUUACCAGUUCAAACGAAAACAGAGUUCUUUGGGCAAAAUUUUGGGGAACAGUGCAAAAUCUGUGUGUGAUUAUUCAGCUUGAAACCACUGCCAAGAAAACAGUGGAACCAGUAGUGAUGGGUGAGGUUCGUCCUCAUUGGUUGGAGUCUGUGUUGGAGUCUAAAUAUCCAUGCAUCACCCUUGUGUGCUGAUUAUUUUCUAUCCCCUUUGAAGAGGGGAUAUAAAGUGAAAGGGGCCAUGUCAGUAUAUCAGAGGCCCUGGGAACUACUGCAGUCAAAUUAGUGUCUAUUAUUGCAAUCUUUCCUAAAUUUAUUUGGCCUCAGGAUCUAUUUCAGAUUCCCACAGAACUGAUGACCCUGUGAAAUGUAUUUCUGUCAUCACUGGGUUAAAAGGAGACAAGGAAACAAGAAAGAAACAGUGACCAGACACUCAGAACCCCGAUGUUGAUCUAUGAAAGCAUGGGGGCCAGACAUUGUUGUAUAGGUCUAUCAUCCUUCCCUGUCAUUACAUGUGCCUCUCACCCUUACCUCUGAAAAACAGAGUGGCCUUUCACUUUCUAUUCUCUUCUCUCUCUCUCUCUCUCUCUCUCUCUCUCUCUCUCUCUCUCUCUC